AUGGCUUCUGUUUCUGAUGAUUAUGACCAUUUAUACAAAAUUAUUUUAGUUGGAGAUGCUACAGUUGGUAAAACACAUUUAUUAUCACGCUAUACAAGAGACACACUCCCUAAAACUCCACAACCAACUAUUGGGGUUGAAUUUGCAACUAGAACAGUUCCUUUAGCUAUAGGAGGGACUGUAAAGGCCCAAAUAUGGGAUACUGCAGGUCAAGAACGUUAUAGAGCUAUAACUAGUGCUCACUAUCGUCGUUCUGUUGGAGCAUUAUUAGUAUAUGAUAUUACGAGAAAGACAACUUUUUUAAAUGCUGCAAAGUGGCUUGAAGAUCUUAGACAGAAUGCUGAACCUGAUAUUGUUGUUAUGUUAGUAGGAAAUAAACUUGAUUUAGUUGAAAAAGAUCCAGAAAAACGUGAAGUUCCUUUUGAUGUAGCUGCAAAUUUUGCUCAAGAGAAUGGAUUAUUUUUUUCUGAAGCAUCUGCUGUAACAAGAUGUAAUGUUAAACAUAUUUUUGAACAUCUACUUCAAGAAGUUUACAAUCAAAAAAUGAAGGGUAAUCUACGUAAUAUAGAUAUUGGAGGAUGUUUCCCAACUAAUACUACUAUUGGUAUACAAUUAUCACAAAAUAAAAAUCAAAAAUCUUCUGGAUGUUGUUAA